UUUAACCAAAUAUUUCCCCCAAAUGUUCUUUUAAAUCUCUUCUGUGAAGAAGCUGACGGCUCCAACCCAGAGCUUCUGGAGAGUAAGAAGAAAUACUUCAAAUUACUAGAUGGCAACAACUACUAUGGCUGUUGGGGCCAACAUUUUGAGAGGCGGCGCCGGCGGCGUUCGUGUCCAGCUCCUCAUUUCUCCCUUCUCUUCCGCCAAAUCCACAAAUAGACCCCUUUCCUUUUCACUAUCGUCGCAGAAAAUCAGCCCCAUAUCCCAAACUCCACGAUUCUAUCACUUUCACCCCCAUCAUCCCCACAACAACUCUAAUCUCUCCCCCUCAUUUUGCACAUCUCCAACUAACACCCCAGACACUGCUGCCACCACCACCUCCACCACUUCAUCAUCGUCAGAUAAGGCUAAGGAUAACAAUGUUAACAUAAAGGAUGCAGCCAACAUGCUCGACAUAAGGGUUGGCCGAAUAAUAAAAGCGUGGAGACACGCGGAGGCGGAUCCGCUUUAUGUGGAAGAAGUGGACGUGGGUGAAGCUGGGCCCAGAAUUAUAUGCAGUGGUCUCGUUAAGUACAUUCCCAUUGAUUUCUUGCAGGAUAGAAAAGUAAUUGUGCUCGCUAAUUUGAAGCCCAGAAAUAUGCGAGGUGUGAAGUCUAAUGGAAUGCUUUUGGCUGCUUCUGAUGCUGCUCAUGAGAAUGUUGAGCUGCUUGAGCCUCCUGAGGGUUCACUUCCUGGAGCAAGAAUAUGGUUUGGCUCUGAAGAAGAUAAAGAAAAUCAAUCAGCUCCUGCCACGCCUAACCAGAUUCAGAAGAAAAAGAUUUGGGAAUCAGUUCAGCCUCAUCUCAAGACAGAUGAUUCUUGUAUUGCUAUGCUUGGAGAGCAAUUCAUGCAGACUUGUGCAGGUGUAGUGAUGUGCAGAUCUCUGAAGAAUGCAAAUAUCGGCUGAGCAGCCUGUGAAUUUCAUUUUAAUUCUGCACUGCUUUUUUGGUACCAAUAAACCCUGGAUGUCAUAUGGUUUUCUUUUUAAAGAUUUAACGUGAGAGGAAAGUGAAUGUAGAAUUAAAUAUUCAAAGAUUGAAAAUUGAGAAGCAUUUUGUCAGCUAUUUUAUACUGUCUGUCAUCAUCAUGUAUUAUUGUCUGUUAUCAUUACUCUGAGUUUAAUAAGUAAAAGUGAUUUCAGGUCC